GCUUCCUCAACCUCAACUCCCUCUCCUCCUCUCUCGCCGCCCAUCACCUCUUCCUCGCUCGCUCCAAAGUCCAAACCCACAGCGAUCGAUCUCUUGCCACGCGCGCCCGCCGCCGCAAGCAAUCAAUCAAAGCAAGCCGCAUUCGCCUCGGGUCAGUUCUCGAUCGGGAUCUCGGAGCAGCGUUGGCGCACGCCAUGGCCGCGCAGCCGUGGAGGUCGCUGCUCUGCUGCGUGGGCGGCGGCGGUGGCGCGGCAGGCGAGGGCGACGGCCCGGCAUCGCCGCGGCGGGGGAGGACCGCGCGCGGGAGGGACCGGGACCGCGACCAGCUGCUGCGGGUCCCCUCCUCGUCGUCGUCGGCGGCGUCGCGGGCGUCGCUGAUGUCGAGCCUGGGCUCGUCGGGCCCGCUCACGCCGGAGGACCUCUCGCUCACGCUGUCCAGCUCCGACCUGCACGCCUUCACCCACGCCGAGCUGCGCGCCGCCACCGCGGGGUUCGCCCGCGCCAACUACCUCGCCUGCGGCGGGUUCGGCCCCGUCUACCGGGGCCGCGUCGAGGCCGGCCUCCGCCCGGGGCUCGCCGCGCAGGACGUGGCCGUCAAGUACCUCGACCCCGACUGCGGCACGCAGGGCCACCGGGAGUGGCUCGCCGAGGUCUUCUUCCUCGCCCAGCUCCGCCACGGGAACCUCGUCCGCCUCCUCGGCUACUGCUACGAGGACCACCACCGGAUGCUCGUCUACGAGUACAUGAGUAACGGCAGCCUCGAGAAGCACCUCUUCAAAAGUCUCGACGGCGCCAUGCCGUGGAUGAGGAGGAUGGAGAUCGCCGCCGGCGCCGCCAAGGGCCUCGCCUUCCUCCACGACGCCGACACGCCGGUCAUCUACCGCGACUUCAAGGCCUCCAACAUCCUGCUCGACUCGGACUACAACACCAAGUUGUCCGACUUUGGGCUCGCCAAGGAUGGGCCUCAGGGCGAUGCGACUCAUGUCACGACACGUGUCAUGGGGACGAACGGGUACGCAGCGCCUGAGUACAUCAUGACGGGGCACUUGACCGCCAAGAGCGAUGUCUACAGCUUUGGAGUGGUACUUCUUGAGCUUCUGACGGGUCGCCGGUCCGUCGACCGGGCUCGGCGCCCUAGGGAGCAGAGCCUGGUGGACUGGGCCAGGCCCUACCUCAAGAAGUCCGACAAGCUCUACCGGGUCAUGGACCCGGCCAUGGAAUGCCAGUACUCGUGCCAGGGGGCGGAACGGGCCGCUAUGGUGGCGUACAAGUGCUUGAGCCAGAACCCGAAGUCCAGGCCCACCAUGAGGGAGGUGUUCCAGGCCCUCGAGCCCAUACUCGACAUGGACGAUUACCUCGAGGUUGGCCCGUUUGUGUUCACGGUCAUAGUGGAGGACAUCAACGAGGGCAAAGGCAAGAUGGUUGAUGGUGAGAAGGUUAGCAUGAGGGUCAAUACGACGGUGGAGGACAAGCGCCAGAGCCACCAGGAACAGCACCGGCAAAAGUUCCCCAACUCGGCGGUCCACGCCGAGGCGCUGCACCGGGACGGCGACCUCAGGCCACACAUCAGCGCGCUGCGGCGGCACCGGAGGACGCCGAGCUACAUCGAGGAGAGAGGAGCGCAGUAGGUUUCAUGGUCGAUUAGCACGGCAGGUACUAGGAAAGAAGCAGCAAAGGGGAAGAGUGAUUGUGUACAUAAUUAAGCUAGAUCGUAGAGGGGGUGUGACACAAGAAGCCACACAAAAAAGCCAAUGCCUCAUUGGCUUGGUCGCCAAAUUGUUUGGUUCAAUUUUUUCAUUCGUGACGAUAGUGAUACUUGGUGUAGUUAAACCCAUAGUGUCAUGAUUACAAAUGCCAUAUUAAUUGUCAUAUUGUUCAA